AUGCUAGACAAAGACUCCCAAGGCAUCCCAGGGUUUGGGUUGGAAAUGGGGAUGUUUGCUGUGUCAACUUCAGCUUUGCUAUGCAUAUUCUCUGUGAUUUGUUCUUGUGAGACUGUCAAUGGGUAUGCCAAAUACAAUACUGGAAGUGUCAUUGUUGAAGGAAAAUUGAACGUUCAUUUGGUUCCCCAUUCGCACGACGACGUGGGUUGGUUGAAGACCAUUGAUCAGUACUAUGUUGGAUCAAAUAACAGCAUUCAGGGUGCAUGUGUUGAGAAUGUACUGGACUCGGUGGUUAUGUCAUUGCGCCGUGACUCGAAUAGGAAGUUUGUGUUUGCUGAGAUGGCAUUUUUUCAACGAUGGUGGGAAGGGCAAACUCUGGAGAUACAAGAAGAAGUGAGAAAGCUUGUUGAUGCUGGUCAGUUGGAAUUCAUAAAUGGUGGCUGGUGCAUGCAUGAUGAAGCAAUUUGCCAUUACAUAGAUAUGAUUGACCAAACAACUCUAGGUCAUCGCUUGAUAAAGAACCAAUUCAACAAAACUCCUCGUGCUGGAUGGCAGAUUGAUCCAUUUGGGCACUCUGUAGUGCAAGCUUACCUACUUGGGGCUGAGCUUGGCUUUGACUCUGUACAUUUUGCACGCAUCGAUUAUCAAGAUAGAGAAAAGCGCAAGGGAGAUAAAUCUCUUGAAGUUGUAUGGCGUGGGUCCAAAACUUUUGGUUCCUCGUCUCAGAUAUUUGCCAACACAUUUCCUGUUCAUUAUAGUCCGCCAAAUGGUUUCAGUUUUGAAGUGGAUGUUGACUUCGUUCCCCUCCAGGAUAAUCGUCUUCUUUAUGACUUCAACGUUCAGAAGCGAGUUAAUGAUUUUAUUGAUGCUGCAUUAACUCAAGCAAAUGUAACUCGGACAAAUCAUAUUAUGUGGACAAUGGGCGAUGACUUCCAAUACCAAUAUGCUGAAUCUUGGUUUAAGCAAAUGGAUAAAUUAAUCCACUAUGUCAACAAGGAUGGUCAAGUAAAUGCAUUGUAUUCUACCCCAUCCAUCUACACAGAUGCAAAACAUGCAGCAAAUGAAUCCUGGCCACUGAAAACUGAUGACUAUUUCCCAUAUGCAACAAGAGCAAAUAGUUAUUUCACUGGUUUCUUUACUAGUCGCCCAGCCUUGAAGCGAUACGUCCGUAUAUUGAGUGGAUAUUAUCUGGCAGCACGCCAACUUGAAUUCCUGGCUGGAAGAAGAUCUGCUGGUCCCCACACUUUUAGUUUAGGAGAUGCUUUAGGAGUUGCACAGCACCAUGAUGCUGUCACUGGUACUGCUAGACAGCAUACGACAAAUGACUAUUCAAAGCGCUUGGCAAGUGGUGCUUCCGAGGCAGAAGCUGUUGUGAAUUCAGCUUUGUCAUGCCUAAUUGAUUCAAGAAAAGGCAGCCAAUGUCCCACACCUAGAUUGAAAUUUAGACAGACCUCAAUCGUGAUAGAGGUGUUGCUGUCGGAGUUGCUGCAUGGUGGUGGUGGUGUCACGUCGUUGGAAAUCUGCUGUAGAGGUGUUGUCGGAGGUCAUCUAUGUCGUUGUGGUGGUGCUGCUUGUGUUGGGUGUGAGGCGUCGUUGUGGUUUUGUGUUAGAUUUUGGUUGAAACCCUACUCAGUGGAGAAGAUGACUCCACGCCGUUGUGAUUCUGCUGCAUGUGUUGGGUGUGAGGUGCUGUUGUGGCGUUGUGUUAGGGUGUAA